ACGCUCCCUGCGCGCAGGUAUUGUCUGGUCGACUGUAAUGUUCACCAUUUCUGACCGAGAUGAAUGUCACUUCAAAAAAAUGGCGUCACAAUUUGAAAGACAGGAUAACCUGCUCCAAGACUGUGUUAAUUCCCUAAAAACAUGCAAGGAAUUGAUCGAAACGCAUUUGGACGGCCCAGAGCGAACCGGAGAGUUGUCCCAACUGGAAGCAAUCGUGAAGGAUUACUGUCUCUUGAGUUUCAACGCUUCCAAAUCAUCAGAGGCCUGCCGCGAAGUUUUGGAUUAUUUUAACAACGAAUCGACUGAUCACGACGUCGAUAUCGACGAGUUGUACAACACGAAACUAGCGAGCAAAAAACAGGCGUUUAGUGGUAACUAUCCCGAAGAAGAAAUCUGGAAGGAGGUUUUUAUGGGGAUUAGAGACCGCGAAAUUGAAGAGGUCGAGCAGGGAACCAGCCAGGAUGAUGCAACGGAAUAUGAGGAAAUGGGCGAUUCGAUUUUCUGUUCCAAUGUUUUUACGCCACCCGUGGAUCCGAUUAGCAAAAUGGUGAUUCAAAACCCCUACAAGAGCAAAAAGUGUGGACAUAUCUAUGAUUACAAGUUCAUUCUGCAGUAUAUCAAGUCGAGGAAAAGUAAGGCCCAGUGUCCGUACAUUGGGUGCAACAAUGGCAGUAUAUCAGUGGAUCAGCUGGUUAAGGACCAAGAGACACAAAGUAAAAUUGAAAAUUAUCAAAGAAACACGAAUACUGAAAGCGAUUGAUUUUGUAUUGAUUUUUCUAAUACAUGUGUUAAGUUUC